AUGAAUGAAUCAAAGAUGCAGGAAAGCGAAGGGAAGAAUGAAAUGGAACAGAAACAAGAAAUAGAGAAGGACAAUUCCAUUUCUUCUUUCUCGCAAAGGCUGCAAAACUUUCGAUAUCAUAUGAAAUCGCAUAGUCGACCGCGACAGCAAACGCUUCAUUCCUUCGUGAAUAAAGAGUCGCAGAUGGUAGAGGACUUUUCGAAGAUUGGAAAAAUCACAGAAAAGGAAAAGAAAUCCAAAGUUCCUGGGAAUACCAUCACAUCACGAGUGCAAAAGUCGUUUAGGGAGCUAUAUCCCAGCAAUCCCAGCCCAAAGAAAAACCCAAGGAAAGAGAACAUUGGGAAGGAAACGAAAUCUCCAUUGGGAUUUUUUGGUCACAUAAUUCCAAAAAAGAAGCCGAUUAUUCCUUUGAAACCUUCGUCGGGAAUAGGCUUGGAGCGUGCAGCAAGGAAAAAAGUCAACAACGCAUUACUUGAACCACGGGUAGCACGUUUAUAUGCCAAGAGUCAAAAAGCCGUUUUUCCAACGAUAUCGAAGAAUCAGAAUUCCGAACGUGGUUUUUCGGAGAGUGAGUUGCCGCAAAAAGUAACACCGUAUUUAUGGACCUAUCCAUCUCGGAUUUUAAAAAAUCAAGUUGUUGACGAGCAUGGAAAUCUCAAGUAUAACGAACGCCCUGAUAUAGACAUGAAUUAUUGGCUGCAUUUAAACCCGCAUAGUUUGAAAGGGAACGAAGAAUCCUAUGAUCUGGAAAAGAGUGGAAUGUAUUUUGGAAUGUUGGAAUUUCCUACUUCGGAUUCGAGUGAAGAAUCUUUUGAUUCCUCAGAAUUGUUGGAAGCACCUGCUGAUGAAGUGGAAAAUGAGAAUGAUACGCUUAAUGAGGCAGCCAUCCCAAGCAUGUUGAACUCUUCCAACAUCACUAGGUUUUUUAAGAGUCAUAAAGGAAGAAGGUUAUAUGCUCAGUUUUUAAAAUGUGACGCCGCAAGCGCUUCAAUCCCUUUUCGUCAAAUUCAUAAUGAUUUAGUAAGUCAUGGAGUGCACGUUGACUUUCGAACAUUGAACAACUGGUUGAAUGAACGAAAUAUUCCUUAUGUAUAA